AUGCGCCCCACGCCUCGCUGGAUCACUGCACUCACUACCCUUCCCGGUACCGACGUUGUCCUCAGCGGUAGCUGGGACGGUUGGAUCCGCGCCUGGCGCAUCUCAGACGAUAAGAAGACAAUCAUUCCACUAGGACCCAUUGGCGCCGGCACUGUCGGAGAUGUCACACCCGACACCCCCUCACAACAACUCAACCAGACCCUUGCACUUGAUGGCACCCCAGGUUUGGGCCAAAAGGAGCCAGAGCCUUUGAUCAAGGGCGUUAUCAACGACAUCGCGGUCUUUGAGCGCCGCCCUGAAUCUGAUUUGCCUGGCGCUGAUGCGAAAACCAAAUUGGCCUGCAAGGAUGAGCCUCGUGGUGUUUCCAUCGUCGCUGCAGUCGGUAAGGAGCAUCGGUUGGCUCGCUGGAAGUGCUUCGAAAACACUUUCUACGAGGGAGCUACUUCUGGGGGCCGCAACGGCGCUGUCGUGUUCGAAGUUCCAUUCAUCACUAAUGAACCUGUGGAGGCUGGUGUAUAA